GAAUGUUUCACCAUUCUCUGCCUUUUGCUUUAUAUAUAUAGAUUAUCAGCUUAAAUAAUUACUAAAAAAUAGUCUAACUGUUUAACAAGUAAUUAUUUUACUUAUUUAUGAAGAAUAGCAUUUCAGGAAAAAAUAAAUAACUAAGAACCAUGUCUUCUAGAGAAUUCACAAAACUAGAUCGAUUAAUCGUUAAUUAAAAUUAAAAAAAGGAAAGGUCCUGAAAAAAAAAAGAAAAAGGAAAACCCAUGAGAUCCCACACAUCCGUACGUGCCUACGUGGCAACCAUGUAAAACCAAUCAGAAAAAGCGGAAGAAAAGAAAAAGGAAAAAAAGAAAAAGAGUACAAGUCUUAAAAACACAACGAUUAUUUUCUCUCGCGCUCUCCCUCUCCAGAGUCUGCACAGCAUAAACCCUAAAAUCCAAAUUGGGAAGAUUGGGUAGGUUUUUGCCUUAGUUCUGGUGUCUUCGUCAAUCCAAGGAAGCUUGUGGACUUUGGUGAUAUAGUCUUUAUUGUUAUCAACCACUCAAGUUGUUAUAUUUGAAUUAUUUUAAAUUGGAGAGCUCAGAUACAUAUGGCUGGUUUUUUGCCUGCUGAAUCCUCUCAUAGUGAAAUGAGUGAUGUUGGUUCUUAUAAAGAUGGGCAGGACCGGCUAGAGGAAGGAGCUUGUUGGUACUUUUAUAGAAAGGAGAUUGAAGAAAAUUCUCCAUCUAGACGAGAUGGCAUUGACUUAAAGAAAGAGACAUAUUUACGCAAGUCAUACUGUACUUAUCUACAAGAUUUGGGUAUGAGACUUAAAGUACCCCAGUUGACAAUUGCAACAUCCAUAAUUUUCUGUCAUCGAUUCUUUCUUCGUCAAUCACAUGCAAAGAAUGAUAGAAGGACCAUCGCAACAGUUUGUAUGUUUCUUGCUGGGAAGGUUGAAGAAACUCCGCGGCCACUAAAAGAUGUUAUCCUUGUGUCUUAUGAAAUUAUUCAUAAGAAGGAUCCUAAAGCAGUACAGAGGAUCAAGCAAAAGGAGGUGUAUGAACAGCAGAAGGAAUUAAUUUUACUUGGAGAGAGGGUUGUUCUUGGGACUCUUGGUUUUGAUCUUAAUGUACUCCAUCCAUAUAAACCUCUCGUGGAGGCAAUAAAGAAAUUCCAAGUAGCUCAAAAUGCCCUUGCUCAAGUUGCAUGGAAUUUUGUCAAUGAUGGACUUCGGACAUCUCUUUGCUUGCAAUUUAAACCCCACCACAUUGCAGCUGGUGCCAUUUUCCUUGCUGCCAAGUUCCUAAAAGUAAAGCUCCCAUCAGAUGGCGAGAGGGUGUGGUGGCAAGAGUUUGACGUCACCCCACGCCAAUUGGAGGGUGGGUGUCCUCGUUUUAAUUCAAUUCGGGGUUUGAGGAAGAACUACAAAAAUCAAAGUUUCAAACAAAUUAAGAAGAUUGUUAAAUAUUUUGUGAAGACAUCGGGUGUCAGCUUUAAUUGCAUUCAAUUGUUUUAUGCAGAAGUAAGCAAUCAAAUGUUGGAACUAUAUGAACAAAAUCGAGUUCCAGCUUCUAAUGAAGUUGAAGGGACUGCAGCAAGUGGCGCUGCUCAUCGGGCUCCAGCAAAAGCUACAACUAGCAAUGAAGAAUAUGCUACAAGCAACAGUAAUCUACAGGGUGGUGAUACAAGACCUGGAACCUUGAAGCUUGCAUCAUCUAGGCCAGAAUCUGAGCAAUUAGAUGUUGGAAAUGAUAAUGGACCUCCUAGAAAUACCCAAAGUUUAAAUAAUGACAACAGAAGUACAGAUAUCAGAAAUGCUCCAGACCACAAUGUGAAUGUAGCAUUCAAAGAUAAUCAGUACUCUGCACCAUUGUCAUCGCACCAGGAGCAGAUGGGAGAUGCUCAAAACGUAUCAAAAUCUGGUUCUGAGGGCCGUUAUGAAGAAGGUCAAGAAGAUAAUGGGAAAUUUGACACAAGAGAAGCAGGGGAAUUGAAGGCCAAACAAUUUGGCCGAAGUUUGGAAAAUGGACAAGGUGCACUUGGGCAGUCACCUCAGGAUGUAAUAAAAAAGAUUGACAAAAACAAGGUGAAGGCAGCACUGGAAAAACGAAGAAAGUCCCAGGGUGAUGUGACUCGAAAAAAAGAUUUGAUGGAUGAGGAUGAUCUUAUUGAGAUGGAACUGGAAGAUGGUAUUGAACUGGCUGCUGGGAGUGAGAAAAUCAAGGGAGACAGGAGUCAAAGCUGGGUUAAGUCCUCAAAUAGAUCAGAAAAUGAGGACCUGCAUCAGGGAAAACAACAAGAGGAUGCCAGUAAUGGUAGAACUGAUUUAAGCAAUGUGGAAGAAGGUGAGGUUUCUGCACUUGCUGAUGGUGGCCAAGGAUAUCAUUCUCUCAUUUCAAGUGACCGCAAGAGAAAAAGCCCUCCACUCAAUGGUGUAGAGAAGAAGCAGCGGUGUGAUUAUUCACCUGGAACUGCCCACCAUAAUCAGUUUGAUCAUGCAGAAGAUCACAGCGAGGUUGGCCGGGUUGUACACACAGAAAUGGAUCACAAGAGGCAAGUACAAGAAAAUCAUGUCUGAGGUGGUGUGCACUGCUUGCAGUUGCUGGAGAGGUCUUGAUUUAAUGACGUGCAAGUUCUCUUCAUGUCCAAGUGUAUAUUGUGAUUUCUUCGCAGACCGCGUCCUUGGUAUGCUCUAAUCCUUUUUUGAUGUUCCCCAGAGGCACCCUAAGAUAUGUCAGUGCAAUCCGUUGGCUCGGUGUCUUGACUAACUUCUGUGUAUUCCUUCCCCACUGAUCUUUUGCGGAUAUAUUGGCAUGGGAGCGAGGUUUAUCAGUCCUGAAUAGGUGCUUUUCCAUCUCAUCUAAUUCUUAGAAUGUUUUGGACACUAUAUUUAUUGAUGGUGAUGAUACAAGUAGGGGAAAUGGUUAAAUGGCGAAGAAACUUUUGACAUUGUUGAAUCCAAUCAAUUAUAUAUUCAAUGGUUACAAAUUGCGCAUC